AUGUUAUCUCAAGUGACCAAGGCUGCGCGCCGCGUGUCCCAUGAGCUGCACGGCGUUGUGGUAUCGGCGGGUUUGAUGCAGAAAACUGUCAAAGUCAGAGUCGCAGGGCAAAAGUGGAACAAAAUCGUGAACAAGUUCUACGCCGACCCAAAACACUACCUCGUUCACGACCCAAACUCUUCCCUUCGUACAGGCGAUGUUGUUGCUAUCGCGCCAGGCUGGCCAACAUCGCGACAUAAACGGCACGUGGUGAAGCAGAUAAUUGCUCCAUAUGGAGAAUCGAUCGAGAACAGACCUCCGGUCCCGUCAUUGGACGAGAUAAUUACAGAAAGAGAAGCUAGGAAGGAGGCCAAGGACGAGCGAAAAGCACUGAGAAAGCAGUCCGAGGAGGAACAGCGUCUAGCCCUCAAAAUAGCUGCAGCGGAUGAGCGCAAAGCGAAGCAUACAGCAUGGGAGCAGCUCAUGGCGAAGUCCGAUCAAUAA